AUGCCGACCGCCGGGCUCAAGACCAUCAUCGCCCUUUCCUUCGUCCUCGCCGUCGGAUUUCUCCUCGUCAUCCUCUCCUGCGCCCUCUGGAAGGUCUACUACCCGCUUCUCGUUGUCGCUACCUACGUGUUGGCCCCGAUCCCCAACUGGGUCUGCUCGCGAUGCACCAACCCUGAUGACUUUGGCGAGGGUUCCGGCUCCGCCGUGCUGGACCUCGGCCGCUUCUGCACUGGGUUCAUGGUGGUUAUGGGAAUUGCCCUGCCCAUCGUUCUCGCCCACUCCGAUCUCAUCCAGGUUGAGGCCAUGGUCAUGUCGAUAAUUGGCGGUCUCCUCAUUUACGGAACCAUCAUCAGCUUUAGCAUGCGAUGGGGAAGUAGUGUCAGCAGAAGCAGCAGAAGCAGCAGCAGAAGCAGUGAUGGAGGGCAUACGCAUUUCAACCAAAUUGGCGGCAGACGUGUACAGUACGACGAGACGAGGUCGGAAACCAUUGUGGCGCUCGGGUUCGGGAAUCCGGCAAAGUGGGAUUUGGAACGGGGUGCGCUUUACUUGGAGGCUUCACAUGUAUAUCCAGCAUCAUUCCGUCAGGCGGGCGUUUCCUCUUUUUUCUCGCUUUUGUUAUGCAACGACAAAACCAUCUAA